AUAAGAUCAAGUUUACUCUAUAUCAGAGAAAGUUUUCAAUAAGAAAUACAUGAUUUUUGUUUCUCUUUUUGAUAGACUUUGAGUAGCAAAGAGAAGGUAAAGAUGAAUGACUUUUGGAGCAUGAUUUGUGGGCACUGUGGUGAUGGUGAUAAUGGAGGGAAAUCCUUCUGUUAUGAUUUAAAACUUUUGAAAGAUCCUUCCUCAUGCAUCAACCAUGUCUUGGUAACUUGCUUUGAUGUGUUCCUGCUAAUCAUGUUGUCAUUCAUCAUAAUCUUGAAGUCUUACUCAAGAUCCUUUCCGAGUACAACAAGAUAUUCAAACUCACAGCUAGUUUCUGCCAUAGCCAAUGGCUCUCUUGGUUUGUUGCAUUUAUCCUUGGGAAUUUGGGUUUUAGAGGAAAAGAUAAGAAAAACCCACAAUGCCUUUCCAAUUAUCGGGUGGUUCCGAGAACUCUUUCAUGGACUCACAUGGUUAUCAGUAAGUUUAACUGUAAGCCUACAGAUAAAACAGCUCUCAACAGCAUGGUUGUGGAUGUUUUCUGUUCUCACAUUCUUUGUAUCUGGUAUAUUGUGUGCGCUAUUUGUGUCUGAUUCAAUUGACAGCGGCAAACUGUCUCGUGAGGCAGCUUUAUAUGUUCUAUCUUUUCCAGGAGCAGCAUUACUGUUGUUAUGCACAUACACAUACAAUGCUGACAGGGAAAUAGGUGAAAGUCUUUAUGCUCCUCUUAAUGACCAACUCAAUGAAGAUGAGCCUGUAAGCACUGUAACCCCAUUUUCAGAAGCUGGACUCUUUAGCAAUAUAUCAUUUUGGUGGUUGAAUCCUUUGAUGAAAAGGGGUAGAGAGAAAACACUUCUAGACGAGGAUAUCCCAAAGUUAAGAGAGUUGGACCGUUCAGAAAGUUGUUAUUCAUCGUUUGUAGAAAGGUUAAACGAACAAAAACAACAUGAACCGUCAACAAAUUCGUCGGUUUUAUGGACAAUAAUUUUGUGCCACAAGAGCGAGAUUUGGAUCACAGGAUUCUUGGCUUUUCUCAAGGUACUCACUCUAUCUUCUGGUCCUCUGCUUCUGAAUGAAUUUAUAUUGGUUGCAGAAGGUAAUGAAAGUUUCAAAUAUGAAGGCUAUGUAUUAGUCAUAUCAAUCUUCUUCAUAAAGAUCAUAGAAUCCUUAUCACAAAGACAAUGGUAUUUCCGCAGUAGACUAGUUGGAGUGAAAGUUAGAUCACUACUUACUGCAGCCGUUUAUAAGAAAAUUUUAAGGCUAUCCAAUUCUGCUAGACAGAUCCAUUCCGGAGGUGAGAUAAUGAAUUAUAUGACAGUGGAUGCUUAUAGAAUUGGAGAAUUUCCAUUCUGGUUUCACCAGAGUUGGACAACAAUCCUCCAGUUAGGUAUUGGUUUAGUAAUUCUUUUCCGCACAAUUGGACUAGCAACACUAGCAUCACUGGCAGUCAUAUUUCUCACUGUGAUUUGCAACGGUCCAAUAGCGAAGUUACAACACAAGUUUCAAAACAAACUUAUGGUAGUACAAGAUAAGAGAUUAAAGGCUAGUUCUGAGGCUAUGGUGAAUAUGAAAGUCCUGAAGCUAUAUGCAUGGGAAACACAUUUUAAAAAUGUUGUAGAUUCCUUAAGAAAUGCGGAACUCAAAUUGUUAUCUGCAGUUCAAUUAAGAAGAGCAUACAAUAUAUUUUUCCUUUGGACCUCAUUAAUAUUGGCAUCUGCUGCUACUUUUUUCGCAUGUUACUUCUUGAAUGUUCCUUUGAAUGCAAGUAAAGUUUUCACUUUUGUGGCAACUUUGCGUCUUGUUCAAGAACCAAUUCAAACUAUCUCGGAUAUUAUUGCAGCGAUCAUUCAGGCAAAAGUUGCAUUUACUCGGAUCAUUAAUUUCCUUGAUGCACCAGAACUGCAGAGUGAAAACUUCAAGAAAAGGUGCUUCAAUGAGAACCUCAGAAACACAAUUUCAAUAAAAUGUGCAGAUUUUUCAUGGGAAGAUGAUGCGUUCAAGCCAACACUAAGGGACAUAAAUUUGGAGGUUAUACAUGGCCAAAAGGUGGCUAUUUGUGGAGAAGUUGGUUCAGGAAAAUCAACCCUCUUAGCAACAAUUCUUGGAGAAGUUUCUAAAACAAAAGGAACAAUUGAUGUUCAUGGGAGGUUUGCAUAUGUUUCUCAAGCAGCAUGGAUACAAACAGGCACGGUACAGGAAAAUAUUUUAUUUGGAUCUGAGUUGGAUGAUCAAAGGUACCAAGAAACACUUCAAAAGUCUUCGUUGGCAAAAGACCUUGAGUUGUUGCCCUAUGGGGACCUCACUGAAAUAGGCGAGAGAGGAGUAAAUUUAAGUGGAGGACAAAAGCAGCGAAUUCAACUUGCUCGUGCUCUUUAUCAAAAUGCUGAUAUAUAUCUAUUGGAUGAUCCGUUUAGCGCUGUUGAUGCACAUACUGCCAAAAAUUUGUUUAAUGUAAUGAGAUAUUUUCUUCUCAUACUAGUAAAUGUUUACCAUUAUUUUUUCUAUACUAAAGUUGGCUUUGAAACUUGGCAGGAAUACAUCAUGGAAGGACUCAAAGGGAAAACAGUCUUACUCGUGACACAUCAAGUCGAUUUCCUCCCGGCAUUUGAUUCUAUUUUGUUGAUGUCUAAUGGGGCAAUCCAACAAGCUGGUCCAUAUCACCAAUUGUUGAUCUCAAGCAAAGAAUUCAAUGACCUUGUCAAUGCUCACAAAGAGACUGCUGGUUCUGACCAGCACGAGAGUGUUACUUUUUCCCAAAGACAUUCAACUUCCAUAAAGAGUGUGCAAGCUUCCCUGUUAAAGCAGUAUAAAGCACCAAAUGGAAAUCAAUUAAUUCAGCAAGAAGAGAGAGGGGAAGGAGACAUGGGAUUGAAGCCUUACUUACAAUAUCUAAAUCGGAUGAAAGGCUAUAUAGUAUUCUCUAUGGCUUCCCUUUGCUUCCUUAUUUUUAUGGUUUGUCAGAUAUUGCAAAACUCAUGGAUGGCUGCCAAAGUUGAAAAUCCUCUUGUCAGCACAUUGCAAUUGGUUCUAGUUUAUUUCCUAAUUGGUGCUUUUUCAUCAGUUUUCAUGUUAAUCAGAUGUCAACUUGUGGUUACUUUGGGUCUUCAAUCAUCAAAAGAUUUAUUUUCACAAUUGAUGAACUCCCUCUUCCGCGCACCCAUGUCAUUUUAUGACUCUACACCGUUGGGAAGGGUACUUAGCAGGGUUACAUCUGAUAUGAGUAUUGUGGAUCUUGACAUUCCAUUUAGCCUCAGUUUUGCUGUUAUUGGCACUAUAUCUCUUUAUUCUAAUCUUAUAGUUUUGGCGGUUGUCACAUGGCAAGUCUUGAUAGUGGCAAUACCAAUGGUUUAUCUUGCUAUUCACCUCCAGAGAUACUACUUUGCCUCAGCAAAAGAAGUAAUGCGGUUGAAUGGCACAACAAAAUCCUCUUUAGCAAAUCAUGUAGCCGAAACUGUUGCUGGAGCUGUAACAAUAAGGGCUUUUGAAGAGGAAGAUCGUUCGUUUGAGAAGAACCUUGAUCUAAUUGAUAAUAAUGCUAGUGCUUUUUUUCAUAGUUUUUCCUCAAACGAGUGGUUGAUCCAACGGUUAGAAACAAUCAGUGCGGUUGUUCUUGCCGCUACAACACUUUGCCUGGUUAUGCUGCCCCCUGGAACUUUCCCCUCAGGAAUUAUUGGAAUGGCUCUAUCUUAUGGCCUAUCACUAAACAGUGCUUUAGUAUUUGCAAUUCAAAGUCAAUGCAUUCUUGCUAAUCACAUAAUAUCAGUAGAGAGGCUAAACCAAUAUAUGCAUAUACAAAGUGAGGCCGAAGAAAUAGUAAAAGGAAAUCGCCCUCCUUUGAAUUGGCCAGCUUCGGGCACAAUAGAAAUAAAUGACUUGAAGAUACGAUACAGACAUGGCGGACCACUUGUUCUUCAUGGGAUCACAUGCACAUUUAAAGCCGGUCACAAGAUUGGUGUUGUUGGCAGAACAGGCAGUGGGAAGUCCACUCUUAUUGGGGCGUUAUUUCGUCUUGUGGAACCAGCGGAAGGAAAAAUUGUAGUUGAUGGCAUAGACAUCUCAUCUAUAGGUCUUCAUGAUUUGAGGUCACGUCUUGGGAUUAUACCUCAGGAUCCUACCCUUUUUAAUGGGACAGUAAGAUUUAACUUGGACCCUUUAUCUCAACACACGGAUCAAGAGAUAUGGGAGGUUCUUGGGAAGUGUCAAUUGCGAGAAGUCAUCCAAGGGAAAAAAGAAGGCUUAAACUCUUCAGUUGUUGAAGAUGGAUCAAAUUGGAGUAUGGGACAAAGGCAGUUAUUCUGUUUGGGGCGUGCACUUUUGAGGAGAAGUAGGAUAUUAGUAUUGGACGAAGCAACUGCAUCAAUUGAUAAUUCUACUGACCUGAUUGUGCAGAAAACCAUUAGGGCUGAGUUUGCAGAUUGUACGGUGAUCACAGUAGCACAUAGGAUACCAACUGUGAUGGAUUGCACUAUGGUUCUUGCUAUAAAUGAUGGAAAACUGGCGGAGUAUGAUGAGCCAAUGAGCUUGAUGAAGAGAGAAGAAUCGAUGUUCAGGCAGCUUGUUAAGGAAUACUGGUCUCAUAUUCAGUCUGCAGAAUUGCGUUGAUGCUACCAAUAUUGUUUCUCUCUCACUCUCAUUUUUUUCUUUUGUACGAGCAAUAAAUUAAGAAAGUGGGCAGAAUAUGAAUUGUGUUCUGUUAGGAUGAAAUGCAAGGCCUAUGAGAUUGUAGCAAAAAUGCAAUUAGACCCAUGAAUAAGAGUCUGUGAGUUUAUGAAAGAGGAAAUAAACAAGCUGACUGGAAUUUUGUGGAAAUAGAGGGCGCGAUAGAGUGAAAGAGUUGGUCCUUCCUCAAGAGCAGUGCUCCAGUCAUAACUUUAUUCCUAUAUUUAUAUUUUUUCACUUGAAUAUUGUAAGUUUGUGACAAGGUUACUUCAUCUAAUAUAGAUUGGAUUUCAGCGUCAAUAUUAGUUUUGCUUUCCCAUUUAGAUUUUGGUUAGUAUCAGAAACUAGUAUCCUAAUGACCUAACAAAG